UAUAGAUUUAAUGCAACGCUAACUGUCUUUUGCAUACUUAAUAUAUUUGUUUAUAUCUAAGUUGUGUGGAAAAGUCACUGGUUAACUUCAUUAGGCUUAGAUUCCAAACUUUUUGUUUACUUGUGCUCUAGUUGUUCUGGCAUAGACCUAGAUCUCUAGAUCUACAAAAGAUUCGUUUAAUUAAAAUGGCUUCUGUUGAAAAUGACAGUGGGCCAGAAUCAUUUUACUCCAGCUGCCAAGUAUGUAGCGCUGCACUUGAAGUACCUUGGAUUCGCUGUGUCAAGUGUCAACCUAAUCUGGACAUUUGUACUCGUUGUUUUUCAUAUGGGGCAGAGAUUGGUCAACAUGAGAGUGAUCACCCUUACACAGUUGUGAAACUGGAUUUUCCACUGUUUGAAGCCAGCUGGACUGCAGCCGAAGAACUGCGUUUGCUGGAUGCCAUUCAGGAAUAUGGCCUUGGCAAUUGGCCUGCAGUAAGCAAUCGAAUGAGAACAAAGUCCGCUCAAGAAAGUGAAAGACAUUACUUCAGCUGUUAUGUAGACAAACCCCAACCGCCUCUUCCUGAAUUUGAAGAUCGUGAUAUUUAUACCACCGGAGCUCCUGUUACGUUUAAAUUGUCGGACAACCCACCUCGGCCUCCUGAAGGGUCAUCCACCUGGGUGGAGCUGGGUGGAUACUCCGCUGCAAGGAGUGACUUUAAUUAUGAAUAUGAUAAUUAUAUUGAAAUGGACAUAGCCCGGAUCAGUUUCAGUGACGAUGAGGACGUGCAGGCAGAAGAGGAGGGUGAAGAAAUGCAAGAGGAAGAUAAAAUAUUUUACAAAGACCUAAACUUGGCAGUUUUGGAUGUAUACAGAAAUAGCCUAUUAGAGCGACAGAGAAGAAAAAAAAUCAUCAGAGAUUACGGCUUGAUCAACUUAAGAAAAUGGUAUGUCUAUUUCAGACGGCGCUAUGAUUUCAACUUUGCUUUGGAUUGUUUUCGACCAUUCAUGAAACUUUUCCCUUGUGUCCAGUUUGACAAAUAUUUGGAAAGUUUGUUGUAUGAGAAACAGCUAAAAUCAGAGAUAUCUCGCCUGCAGGAGUACAGGCGUCACGGGAUUACGAAGCUGCGAUCUGUAAAACAAUACUAUGUACUUAAACAAAGGAGGGAAGACACCAGGGCAAGGAAGAAUCUCUUGACGGACAUUCUUAAUCAUGUCAAGGACGAAAUGUUUUUCCAAAACUGGCUGGCCAAGCAAGCGGCCAAAGAAGGAUCCAACAAAGGUCUGAACAUGGCCAUUCCACCUUUAAACAAAAGAACUGCCCAGCGUCUUCAGAUUGAUGGCUUACCUGGGUAUGACAAACUUAACGAGGCAGAGAAAGAGCUCUGUUCAGAAGCUCGUUUGGUCCCUGAUGCGUACCUGGAGUUCUCCAAACUUCUAAUAUCUGAGUGUGCAAAGAGUGGAUUCCUGCGACUAGCCCAGGCUAGAACUCUCAUCAAGAUUGAUGUCAACAAAACCAGGAAGCUCUACGACUUUCUAGUCUCUAACGGCCAGAUCAACAAAGAGCCACCUUAGGAUGUCCGUUGAAAUAAAUACUAGUGUAAA